AUCUGACGUCAGCGGAAGUACUUUUCGAAGCUCGUAACGGCUGUUGUCGUGGUGCUGCGGCUCCAUCUGAAAACAAUAAAAUCCACAAAGCCAUUUUUCGUACAAAUUUAACCAAACGACCUGACUUUAGAGCCUGGAUCGGACCGCGUACAGUUUUUUUCUUUAGGUUUUAAAUAAUGGACAAUUUAGAAUUUUCUGAGGAGGAAAUCCAGCAGCAACUGGAACUUCUGGGCUACAAAAACGUCUCCAAAGAGAAGCUACAAGAGUUCAAGAAAGAUUUGGAUAACCUGAUCAGAAGUGGAGAAUGGACAACACUUGUGUCUCCUGAAAACUCACAGAUUGACAUAAACACAAGCCCUCCUGCUUUCACUAAAGAAAAAGUGAGUCGAUUUUCAUUGAACAAACCCAAGGAAGGGUUUUUCUUGCAUCCACAAAACAGAGAUCAUGAUGUACGGGUGCUGGCUCCUCAGAACAGGGAUGUGGCUCCCCCUCAUGGCCAUUUUGACUCAUAUGUUCGUCACUCAGUUGCACCUAAACCCCCUGUUCAUGCAGGACAUCCCAACAGGCUGCAGACAGAGACGGACCCCGAGGACACACUGCAAACCGACAGUUACAUGUCCACUCCAGGCAGCGGCCAGGGCAGGAGGCUCAUCAAGAGGAAAGUGCUUAGGAAAUAUAAAGGGCAGUCUCUGGUCUGUGAUGAAUCUGUCUACAGUGAAGACUCAGAAGGAGCAAGUUGCCUGGAGGAGCGUUUGGCCGAUAUUCACUUAUCGACUUCACUUCGGCACAAAUUUGAAAACGAGGAGUUGAUGAGCCACAGCGAGUCCCCGAGCUCCGAGUCCCUGUCGGAGGGAGCCUUUGAGUCCUACGUCCGGGGCAUGGGUCGAAGCCACAGCGACAGUGACAUCAGGCCUAAACCCAAAUCAUUUAUACGCCCGACACUUGGUCCAACAGGCCCAAAGAAAACCGACCCAGUAGCAAAGUAUUUCCAGUACAAACAGCUGUGGGACAUGUUCAAAAUGCCUGGUGAAAAUGACAGAAAGGCUCUACGAUGGGAAGUCAGGGAGCGUCUCGCCUACCAACCUCCUCCACCAAAGCCUCAAAAAGUCCUGGUGCCAAACACGUACACAGUCCCGACAGACAAGAAACGCUCCACUCUCCGAUGGGAAAUACGAAAUGACCUGGCAACUGGAAACCUGCCUCAUUCAUACAACUAUCGAUUUUAGCCAAAAAGCCAUCAUCACCUUUUUACAUUUUUUUUUUAAUUAUUUUCAGAUUUUUACAUAAUUUAUUACAGUUUUUAGUAAACAUAAUAAAGUUUGUUUUAUAU